AUGUUCAAAACUUUUGUUCCUACUAGAAAUCUUACCCAUAGUCUUAGAUAAUUGUUCUCCACUAGCACUCAAUAUGAUGUCGUCGUUAUUGGUGGUGGUCCUGGUGGUUACGUAGCUGCCAUUAAGGCUGGUUAAUUAGGCUUAAAGACCGCUUGUGUUGAAAAGAGAGGUUCUUUGGGUGGUACCUGCUUAAAUGUUGGUUGCAUUCCUUCAAAGGCUCUCUUAAACAUCUCUUAAAAAUAUUAUGAUGCUUCCAAGCACUACAAAGAACUUGGUAUCGAAGUUGAAGGUGUUAAAAUGAAUUGGGCUCAAGCUUAAACAAAGAAGGCUGAAACAGUUACUGGUUUGACCAGAGGUAUCGAAAGUCUCUUCAAGAAGAAUAAGGUUGACUACUUUGUUGGUACUGGUAGACUAAAUGACAAGAACACUAUUGGUAUUAAUCUUAACAAUGGUACUUAGUAGGUUAUUAACUCCAAGAACAUUAUUAUUGCUACUGGAUCUGAACCUACUCCUUUCCCUGGUCUCAACUUCGACGAAAAGGUUAUCAUCUCUUCAACUGGUGCUCUCUCUUUACCCUAGAUCCCUAAGAAAUUAAUCGUUAUUGGUGCUGGUGUUAUUGGUUUAGAAAUGGGUUCUGUUUACCAAAGAUUAGGUACUCAAGUUACUGUCAUUGAAUUUGCUGAUUAAAUUUGCCCUUUCCUUGAUACUGAUGUUGCUAAGGCUUUCCAAUAGAGCUUAAAGAAAUAAGGUUUACAAAUUUUGACUGGCCAUAAGGUUGUUUCUGGUUAAAACUUCGGUACUCACGGUAGCGUAGUUGUUGAACCUGUUAAGGGAGGUCCAUCUUAGACCUUUGAAGCUGAUCAUAUUUUAGUUUCUACAGGUCGUAGACCUUAUGUUGAUGGCUUAAAUGCUAAGGAAAUCGGUAUUGAGUUUGACAACAAAAAUAGAAUCAUCACUAACUCCCACUUACAAACCAACAUUCCCAAUAUUUAUGCCAUAGGUGAUGUCAUUCCUGGACCUAUGUUGGCUCACAAGGGUGAAGAAGAAGGUAUUGCUGCUGUUGAAUAUAUUGCUGGAAAGGGUGGUCAUGUUAAUUACGAUGCUAUUCCUAGUGUUAUCUAUACCCAUCCUGAAGUUGCUUGGGUCGGAAAGACUGAAUAAGAACUUAAGGCUGCCAAUAUUAAGUACAACAAGGGUUCUUUCCCCAUGCUUGCUAACUCUAGAGCUAAAGCUAACAACGACUACGAUGGUUUAAUUAAGAUCUUAACUGAAAAGGAUACUGAUAAACUCUUGGGUGUCCAUAUUAUGAAUGCAUAAGCUGGUGAAUUAAUCGGUGAAGCUACUUUAGCCGUCGAAUAUGGUGCUGCUGCUGAAGAUAUAGGUAGAACUUGCCACGCUCAUCCUACUAUUUCUGAAGCUCUUAAAGAAGCUUGCAUGGCUGCUUAUGACAAGCCCAUCCACUUCUGA